CUUAUUUGUUUUAUAAUCUAUUUCUUUCUAUUACCGUUUUGUCGGGUAUAUUCUUGAAGUUUCGAAAGAUCUACGCCCAUAAAAGGAGGAAGCUGCAAGCACCGAUAGCAGCGUUGCCAACCAUCGCAGACAUGAAGGCUGUACUUCUCCUUGUUGCACUCUCGCUUGGCCUUGCAAGCGGGGAGCCAGCGUGGUGCACUUGCGCGCCAUUCGUCUCCUUUGAACAUUCGGAAAUCAUGGUUUACAAUUCCCAUGAGACCACAAUCAACGACUGUGUGAAUGAUGUAAACGCAUGCAGAAACUAUUGCAAGAAUUAUUUCGGUACAACCACCAACAACGGCGAUCUGUGGUUCUACACCAGCGGCAACACAGUGGGAGGACAUCUAUGUAAUUACGUCUUCAAAAACGACCUUAUGCCAUUCCUUAUGCACAAGACCGUCCAUGGCUACUACCAAGUGUGUGGCGGCGCCUGGCGAUAUGGGGAAGUCUCUUCUUCGGAGGCUCUGUGCUGCGAACUGGGCGAACAAACGCACUGUACGGAAUUGUGAAUUGACUGAGUGUUACAAUAAAGAGCAGACAAGACA